GUCUUGCAUGCAGCAUUCACUCACUCUAUCCUCUCUCUCUCUCUCUCUCUUAAUAUAAACAAUGCAAGGAGGACAUAUGGUUGUUGAAGAGCCUCUUAGGCUCUCCUCGAUUCUAACUCCCUCAAAACCAAGCUAUUUACCUUCACUAACCAAAAUAGUUGGAACACUUGGACCCAAGUCACGUUCUGUUGAAACCAUUGAGGCUUGUCUUAAUGCAGGAAUGUCAGUUGCACGGUUUGACUUUUCAUGGUUGGAUGUGGACUAUCACCAAGAAACUCUCAACAAUUUAAGGCAAGCUAUGAGAAAUGCUAAGAAACUAUGUGCUGUAAUGGUGGACACAGUUGGCCCUGAACUUCCAAUAUGUAACCAAACUGUGAAACAAAUUGAGCUAAAGGCUGAUAACCGUGUGACAAUUACUUCAGAUGUUUCCAAAGAACCAUCCGCAGAGAUCUUGCCUGUUAACUUUUCUGGACUUUCGCAGAUUCUUAAGAAGGGUGACACAGUUUUUCUUGGACAGUAUCUCUUCACAGGAAGUGAAAACACCUCUGUAUGGCUCGAGGUUCUAGAGACAAAUGGUAAAGAUGUCGUUUGCCUUGUAAAAAACACUGCCACUCUUACAGGAUUUGUAUUAAUGCAUAUUUCACAAGUUCUUUCCAGUUUGCCAACUUUAACAGAUAAUGAUAAAAAGGUUAUUUCAGAAUGGGGUUCUUGUAACAAUGUUGAUAUUAUAUCUCUAUCUUAUACUCGCAAUGUUGAAGAUGUGAGAGAGCUUAGAGCUUUCAUUAAAACACAUAGUCUUCAUGAAACUCAAGUAUUUGCCAAAAUUGAAACUGUGGAGGGUUUGAAGCACUUUGAUGAGAUACUUCAGGAAGCAGAUGGCAUUAUCCUCGGACGUGGAAAUUUAGGAAUAGAUCUUCCUCCAGAAAAGGUUUUUUUGUUCCAGAAAUCUGCUGUGUACAAGUGUAACAUGGCAGGGAAACCUGUCAUAAUAUCUCGAGUAGUCGAUAGCAUGACUGCAAAUCUACGACCAACUCGUGCAGAAGCAACUGAUGUUGCCAAUGCUGUUCUCGAUGGUGCUGAUGGUAUAUUAUUGGGUGCUGAGACACUUAGAGGUCUAUAUCCAAUUGACACAAUAAGAACUGUGGGAAGAAUUUGUGCGGAGGCUGAAAUCGUGUGCAAUCAUUCUUUUCACUUUAAGAGAAUCAGCAGGCAUGUUGGAGAGCCUAUGUCUCAUGCUGAAUCUGUCGCUUCAUCAGCGGUACGUGCUGCUAUUAAGGUCAAGGCUCCACUGAUUGUUGUGUUCACAUCCUCCGGCGCAGCACCCAGGUUGAUUGCAAAGUAUAGGCCACCAGUACCUGUGUUUGCUGUUGUCAUUCCUCGUCUUAGAUCGAAUUCGUUGAAAUGGAGUUUUACUGGCUCAGCAGAGGCUCGUCAAUUGCUCGGUGUGAGAGGAGUUUACCCUAUUUUGGCUAGUCCCCUUGUGGCAACUUCAGGUGCUUCAAGUGAAGUAUCAACACUAAAAGUUGCUCUAGAUCAUGGGAAAUCUGUGGGAUUACUCAAGCCUAAUGACCAAAUAGUUGUUUUUGAAAAGAUAGGGGACUCAUCAGUAGUAAGGAUUAUGCAGCUUCCUUCCUAGCAUUAUUAACCCAUUAUCUUCUAGCCUAACAUUCCCCAUAAGGAUUAUGCAGCUUCCUUCCUAGCUUCCUUUCUACUACUUUUACCGCAACUUGUAAUUUUUCAUUACUCAAAUAAAUGGUUGUUAACUUGUUGUAUUAAGGAUUUCCAACAGACAUAGAAAUUAGGGUUAUUUUUCUUUUUGGCUGCUUUUGAUGUACUGCUUGCAGAGCAAUUCUGUUACCUUGGGUACAUAAAAUAUUUUUUAAAGGAGAAGCAUAAGCUCUACAGUA